UAUCGCCCACCGCAGCAUCACUUCACCCUGUGCUGGCAAGGAGAUCACAUCUAAGUCUCAGUCAUGCUGUCUUGCAAGUUCUUCCUCGUGGCGCUCUGUCUAGGUGUGGCAGCUGCAGAGGAAACCCCUAGGGAUAAACGUGGGUUCGCUGGGGGUUACGGCAGCGGUUAUGGCGGUGGCGGUGGCGGUGGUGGCGGCGCUUACGGUAACGGAGGCAGCUACCUUGUGGUAGGCGGCUACGGUCACGGAAAUCACGGACCCACCGCCGCCGACAUCGCCAACCAGGCUGCCUCUCAGGCUACCGCGGCUUUAGCUAGUCUUGGAACUGCAGCUCAUUCCGCAGCAGCAGGAGCCGCAGCAGGUGCCGCAGCUGCUUCUGCCGCUGCCUCACAGACAGCUCAGGCUGCCGCAGCCAACAGACACGCUCAGGCCGCACAGAUCACGCAGGCAGCACAAGGAGCACAGGCAGCAGCCUUCCAGGAGGCUUCACUGGCUGGUAAGGCCCACAAGGCAGAACAGGCAGCUAAGGUAGCCCACUCCAUGGCUCAAGCUCUGCUCAGUAACAUGGGCCAGGUCUCUGGUGAGACCAACGCCCUGGCCGGUCAAGCCACCAGCAGUCUGGCUGCCCAGGAGGGCGUCCUUAACUCGCAGAACUCCAUGGCGUGGCAGGCGCAACAGGCUGCCAACUCUCUGCGAACACAACAGAAUGUGGUCAUCAGCGACCUGCAAUCCGCUGCAGGUGCCGCCACACAGGCACAAGUCGCAGCGGCCAAAGCUCUCUCUAAGGCAAAAGGGGCUAACAACGGAGGGUUUGGGGGUUAUGGAGCAACACAUGGAUUUGGAUAUGGUGGAGGAUAUCACUGAAGUAAUAGAAGGAAACGCCUCUAAAGAAUCUGAGAAACUAUCAGAUGCAGAUUCGGUGGACCGUGUUAGUAGGAGCAGCAACAUGAAGAAUGUCAGUAGUAGGGCUUGCAGGGUUUUCUCGUACCAGUUACUCUUGUACACCGCUGCUUUAUUACAGUUAUUGUACAUAACCUCCCUGUAACGAAAAUAAUGGAGGGUUUAAUAAUAAAGAUAUGUAUGAAGAAA